GUCGACAGGUAUGUUUUCAUGUGAGGUUUCUGGGCCUUCACUUCGGCGGAUAUGGAUCCAUUCGCCUAGCCAUUUUUGUUGAAAACAUAGAUAUUGCGAUAUAAACGCAGUUGAAAACAUGUUCGGCCGUUCGAGGAGCUGGGUCGGAGGACAGGGGAAGUCCAAAAACAUUCACUCUUUGGACCAUUUAAAGUAUAUGUACCAUGUUCUUACGAAGAACACAACAGUGACUGAUCACAACAGAAACCUACUGGUGGAAACCAUCCGCUCCAUUACCGAGAUUCUUAUCUGGGGAGAUCAGAAUGACAGCUCUGUGUUUGACUUCUUUUUGGAGAAGAACAUGUUUGCAUUUUUUCUCAACAUACUGCGGCAGAAAUCCGGGCGCUAUGUGUGUGUCCAGCUUCUCCAAACGCUUAACAUUCUUUUUGAGAACAUAAGUCAUGAGACUUCUCUCUAUUACUUGCUCUCCAAUAAUCAUGUCAAUUCCAUCAUUGUGCAUAAAUUCGACUUCUCUGAUGAGGAAAUCAUGGCCUACUAUAUCUCCUUUUUGAAGACUUUGUCUUUGAAACUCAACAACCAUACAGUGCACUUCUUCUACAAUGAGCACACUAAUGAUUUUGCCCUGUACACGGAGGCCAUUAAGUUUUUCAACCACCCAGAGAGCAUGGUCAGGAUCGCAGUCAGGACCAUCACGCUCAAUGUGUACAAAGUGGACAACCAGCACAUGCUGCAUUACAUCCGGGACAAAACAGCCGUGCCCUAUUUCUCCAACUUGGUCUGGUUUAUAGGCAGCCAUGUCAUAGAACUGGACAAGUGUGUGCAGACCGAUGAAGAGCAUAAGAACAGAGGAAAACUGAGUGACCUGGUAGCUGAGCAUCUGGACCACCUUCACUAUCUGAAUGACAUCCUUAUCAUCAACUGUGAGUUUCUUAAUGAUGUGCUGACCGACCACCUGCUCAACCGGCUCUUCCUGCCCCUCUAUGCGUACUCUCUGGUCACCCAAGAGCAGUCAGAAGAGCGCAAGAUCAACCCUCAGGUGUCACUCUACCUGCUGUCACAGGUGUUCCUGAUCAUCCAUUACCGGCCACUGGUCAAUGCCCUGGCCGAUGUUAUACUGAACGGAGAUCUGUCCAUGUUCUCCGUGCAAACAGAGCAAAGUGCUCACAAAAGUUUGAGCAACGCUGGUGUGCGUCGCUUCACCAAGCCGGCAGAAAGUCUGGAGCGUUCUUUAGAGAUGAGCCGUCACAGGGGCAGGAAGAAGACUCAGAAAAGACCUAACUACAAGAACGUGGGUGAAGAAGAGGAGGAGGAGAGGGGAACGGAGGAAGGUCAGGAUGAAGAGAAGGAAAAGGCUAAAGGUACAGAAGCUAGCUCAAAGGCCAGCAGGACAAGUGGGGAUAAGGAAGAGAUUGAGAUGGUGGUGAUGGAGAAGUGCAGGAUCUCUGAUGUGUCCACGUUAACCGAACAAAACAUUACAGAUGAGGAGAAGAGCGCUGCGGCUGCUAGAUCUGAAGUCCAGAAGAACAGGCCCUUCCUGGACAUGUUGUAUAAUUCACUGGAUUGCGACACUGACGAUUACCAAGCUCUGUUUGUGCUUUGUCUUCUUUAUGCCGUGUCUCACAGUAAAGGUAUAAACCUGGAGCUCCUAGAGAAGAUCCAGCUGCCCGUGCCAAAUGAGGAGAGGAACUUUUACAGCCAGGUGUUAGUGGAGAGAGUGAUUCGUAUCAUGAGCCAGGCCGCUCAGCCAGAUGGGAAGGUGCGUCUUGCCACCAUGGAGUUGAGCUGUCUCCUCCUGAAACAGUCGGUCCUGUGUAGCUCUCAGUGCAUUAUAAAGGACAUCCAUUUGGCCUGUUUGGAGGGUGCUCGAGAAGAAAGUCUUCACCUAUUGAGGAGAUUUUAUAAGGGGGAGGAGAUCUUCCUGGACAUGUUUGAGGAUGAAUACAGAAGCAUGAUGAGUAAACCCCUGAACGUGGAGUAUCUUAUGAUGGAUGCGUCCAUUUUACUGCCUCCCACCGGCACCCCCCUUACUGGCAUUGACUUUGUGAAGAGACUGCCGUGUGGAGAUGUGGAGAGGACACGCAGGGCUAUCCGUGUGUUCUUCAUGCUGCGCUCGCUAUCCCUGCAGCUACAGGGUGAACCAGAGACCCAGCUUCCUCUCACUCGACCGGAGGAUCUUAUCAAGACGGACGAUGUGCUUGACCUCAAUAACAGUGAUCUUAUCGCUUGUAUGGUGGUGAGCAAAGACGGGGUUCAAGCUCAGCGCUUUCUGGCUGUGGACGUGUACCAGAUGAGUCUUGUGGAACCAGAUUCCAAGCGUCUGGGCUGGGGUGUUGUCAAGUUUGCCGGCCUCCUACAGGACAUGCAGGUUUCCGGUGUGGAAGAUGACAGCAGGGCUUUGAACAUCAUCAUUCACAAGCCCACAUCUAACCCUCACGCCAAGCCCAUCCCCAUCCUGCAGGCCAACUUCAUCUUCGCUGAUCAUAUUCGCUGCAUCAUCGCCAAACAGCGACUCGCCAAGGGCCGCAUCCAGGCCAGGCGCAUGAAAAUGCAGCGGAUAGCAGCUCUACUUGACCUCCCCGUUCAGCCUUCUACUGAAGUGUUGGGCUUCAGCCAGCCAUCGGUUGCAUCAUCACUGCUGCCUUUUCGUUUCUAUGACCAGUCCAGACGAGGCCCAGCCUUCGCCUCUGUAGAUAAAGUUCCAGGUUUCGCAGUUGCUCACGUUGCCCAGCAUAGUGCCACAUCAACCUCUUCUCCCUCACCACCUUCUACCGAAAACACUGGACCCUGCGACUCGACCGCAAGCAGCGGUGCAUCCACACACACUGUCACACAGAGUCAAACAGGGUUUGCCUUGGCACCAAGCCUCACCCCUACGCCACAGCCCACCAUUUCUCUACUGUCCGACAAUGAUGCCGAAACUCUGAGCGUCGACUCCCUGACCCUACUUCCCCCCGCUGACCCACCUCGCCUACGCUCCUUCAGCACCCAGUCUUCCGUCCAGGACGAGCCACCUGCAGACUGUGAUGAGACGCCGAUGCUUGGAUGCAUAGAAGACGACGGCGAACGAUCAACACACAUGCAGGAGGACAAAAAGGACAUUUCAGUUAUACCUGAGGAGGACGAGGUAUCUCCUGAGUCUGGACCAUCAGAAAUGAACUCGCUUGAGGGUUCAACGCAAGUGAGGGAAUCUGUGGAGACGGACCCCACAGGUGACCGAGAGAACAACCCAGAUCUAGAGGAGGAGACUGCGAUAGACUGAUGGAUGGAGUUCAUAACAGCACUCCAAAAAGUUGACCAGAAAUACUAAAACUCUGAGCCCAAAUGUUUACCGAAGGUCAUUCCAUGCACUUUCAGUGAUCUGCAUUCAUCUUGCACAGUCACCGAUUGUGUCCUAGAAUUGCACAGGCUAGUAAAGCUAGUUUGUACAUGCUUCUGGCAUUAGCGAUUCAGGCUCUCAUUGUUUCAGCUGUGUGUAGACAGUCACUAUAUCAACACUGGUUGACUUAACACUGCGGUUCCAAAUACCUUCCUUUACAUCAAGACUGUGAUGUGUUUCAGCAGAAGACAGCGCUCUUACUAGAACAAUGAUGUUAUUUAGAGUUCAUGGGAGUUGCUCAAAGCACAGCCGUGUGUGUGUGUGUGUGUGUGUGUGUGUGUGUGUGUGUGUGUGUGUGUGUGUGUGUGUGUGUGUGUGUGUGUGUGUGUGUGUGUGCUUGCUUGUGUGUGUGUAUGUAUGUAUUGUUCUUUCGAUGGUGCUAAGAGAGAACCAGCCGUGUGUUUGUGCGCGUGACUGUUUUCUGAUUGUUUGUUUGCGUGUAUGUUUUUAUGAUACUGCGCAGGCAGACAGGAAAGGUUGUCUUUAUAUGAAUAUGUAAAAAAUAUUAGUGGGUUAGCGGGGAAUGCCCACUUGAUUUUGCUAGUCUUAACACUGAGGAAUGUACAAAGACCUGUGGGUCGGUUUAGCAGUGCUCUUUUCUGAAGGCAUAUUUUAAUGCGACUGAACGUUUGUUUGCACUUCAGCAGUGGGGUUUUAACAGCUUUUGUUUUGUCUUUUAGAGAUUGUAAAAAAACUGAUAUGCGCUUAAUCGGACGUGUCUUGUGUUUAUUGGUCAGUUCAUUUAAGAUGAUUUAAAUCAUUAAAGCACCCAUAAACCCUUUGACCGGCAUUGAUUUAAAAAUACAGAGUUCUGUUAUUGGGAGUUUCUGUCACUUCCACCUUCACACAUUUGUUUCAUUCGGUAAUCUGCGAACACUUUUUCUUUCUCAAACUGCUUUAUGUACUCCGAAACGAGCUCCAUUUUUAUAAAAUGAGACCGCAUUUACUUUUUAUGUGGAUUUGAAUGUUAUACUUUAACUCACUUGAUAUUCCAGGAGUCAUCAAGAUAUUUUGCUGAACAUGCAUAAUUGAAGCUGGGUGUGAUGUAGUUGUGGUUUAAUUUUAUUUUGGUGUGCAAUAACAGUCAUUAAAGAUGAAUAUGAAGUCAUUUAUUUUACUUACAGAUUCAAGUAGUUUGACUGUUACCACUAAUGGACUGAAAUGUAAAAUAUGAUGGUAGCACAUUGACGAGACACUUAUUCUUUCCGUGCAGCACUGAAACAGGCGGUGUGGUAGCUACACCCAGAUUUAACCUUUAUUGACUGAGUUUCAAAAAUAUUACAGUAAAGCAAUACAGUUAAUUCUGCUUAUUUCAGUAUUUUGAAGUUGUGUUUGUUGAAAAAUAAGGCAUUGGGGCAUAAAACAAGUCUUAUUUUAUGUAUAGUGUAAAAUUUUGUUUUUGGUUUAAUAUUAUAAUUUACCAACUGGAGUUAUCAAGGUCAUGCAAUAAAUUAUUCUGAUGUA